UCUCUGAAAGUAGAAACAGGAUUGGAAAGCAACGUAGAAGCGCACGAGCCGAGGAAGAUUACGAAUAUAAUCAUUAAAAAUGGCCGCUGAAACUCCCACCAUUCCUCUUCUUACUCCUUACAAACUGGGCAAGUUUGAUCUGUCUCAUAGAGUAGUUCUGGCACCAUUGACCAGACAGAGAUCAUACGGCAAUGUUCCUCAGCCACAUGCUAUCUUAUAUUAUUCUCAGAGAACUUCCAAAGGCGGUCUUCUAAUAGCUGAAGCCACUGGAGUUUCUGACACUGCUCAGGGGUAUCCAGAAACACCCGGCAUAUGGACCAAGGAGCAAGUUGAAGCAUGGAAACCUAUCGUAGAUGCUGUUCAUGCCAAAGGUGGAAUCUUCUUUUGUCAAAUUUGGCAUGUGGGGAGGGUUUCAAAUCAAGGUUUUCAGCCAAAUGGGCAAGCUCCAGUAUCUUCUACUGACAAACCUUUGAUCCCGCAAGUUAGAGCUAAUGGAAUUGAUGUUGCACAGUUCAGUCCUCCAAGGCGGCUAAGGACAGACGAAAUUCCUCAAAUUGUCAAUGAUUUUAGGCUUGCGGCAAGGAAUGCUAUUGAAGCUGGUUUUGAUGGGGUUGAGAUCCAUGGGGCUCAUGGUUACCUAAUUGACCAGUUUAUGAAAGAUGGAGUGAAUGAUAGAACAGACCAAUAUGGUGGAUCGCUUGAGAAUCGUUGUCGAUUUGCGCUAGAAGUAGUUGAAGCUGUUGCUAAUGAGAUAGGAGCAGACAGGGUUGGGAUAAGGCUAUCUCCUUUUGCAGACUAUAUGGAAUCUGGAGACUCCAAUCCAAAAGCAUUGGGCCUUUACAUGGCCGAGUCUUUAAACAAGUAUGGGAUCCUUUAUUGCCACAUGGUUGAGCCAAGAAUGAAAACGGUUUGGGAAAAAUCUAAAUGCCCCAACAGUCUUAUGCCAAUGAGAAAGGCUUUCAAGGGCAAUUUUCUUGUUGCUGGGGGUUAUGACAGAGAAGAUGGAAUUAAUGCCAUUGCUGAAAACCGUGCAGAUCUUGUUGUUUAUGGUAGACUGUUUUUAGCCAAUCCAGAUUUGCCUAAGAGAUUUAAGCUCAAUGCUCCUCUCAACAAAUACGACAGAGAAACAUUCUACGUCCUUGAUCCUGUUGUUGGUUACACAGAUUAUCCAUUUCUUGAAGACAUGGCUUAGGUUUUCUAAAGGAGGAAAGGGGAAUUUUGAAUUAUCUAAAAUAAAUUCUCUUUAGACAACCCAAGUUGCUUUUGUUUUCUUGAACUGAUUUCCUUCUGUGUUGCACGAGUGUAAUGAAAAUAUGUUCUUCAAAUUCCAAACU